GCCCGGAAAAGUCCGCCUCGUAUGGGAUGCGGCAGCGAAAGUGGCCGGUAUUUCGCUGAACAGUCUCCUACUGCCAGGAGACUGUUGUUAACUCCAUUACCCCAUGUCCUGUUCCGUUUCCGACAAUUUCCGGUGGCCGUCUCUGGUGACAUCAAAGAGAUGUUUCACCAGGUCGGUAUCAUUGAGUCCGAUCGGCAUUCGCAGCGUUUCUUGUGGCGCGACAACCCCGAACAAACUCCGCAAAUCUUUGCGAUUGACGUCGCCAUUUUUGGUGCCGCGUGCUCACCGUCAUCCGCGCAAUUUGUAAAAAACAAAAAUGCGCAAGAGCAUGCAUCACGAUUUCCCAAGGCAUCGGAAGAUAUAGUAAAGUGCCAUUACGUGGACGAUUACCUUGGGAGCUACGAGACCAUCGAUGAAGCCAAAGAAGUCGCCGAAGGCGUGAAGGUGGUGCAUUCCAAAGGAGGAUUUGAGAUCCGAAAUUGGCUAUCAAAUAGUCAAGCUGUCGUGGAACAUUUGGGCGGAGAUCCAGCGAACGGGACGAAGGAGCUAAUUUCGAAGGGAAACGGCAAUACGGAGCGUGUUUUCGGAAUGCUCUGGCAAUCGGCAGCGGACGAAUUGCGAUUUUCAACGACAUUCCGUAGAGAAAUCGUGCAACUAGUCGACUGCGAAGUUAGGCCAACAAAACGACAGAUGUUGAAGUGCAUCAUGAGUCUCUUUGACCCGCUAGGCCUGCUAGCAUCGUUCUUGGUGCAUGGCAAAAUAAUGAUGCAGGAGGUAUGGAAAACGAAAAUUCAAUGGGACGAGCGAGUUGACGACCACAUCUACGACCGUUGGAAGAAAUGGAUCGCUCUAUUUAGCAAGAUCGAGGACCUCCAAGUGCCACGUUGCUACUUCCAGCACGCUAACGCCAACAUGUACUCGGCACUCCAACUCCACAUAUUUGUUGACGCAAGUGAAGACGCGUACUCGGCGGUUGGAUAUUUCCGUGUAGAGGCUCCCGACAAGAGCGUUCUUUGCACGUUAGUAGCAGCAAAAACAAAGGUUGCACCGAUACACCACGUCACUGUCCCGCGACUGGAAUUGAUGGCGGCGGUGUUAGGAAGCAGACUAGCAGCCUUCAUUUCUGAAGGCCAUUCGAUACCGAUCAAACGAAGAAUCUUCUGGUCUGAUUCGCGAACCACUCUCGCUUGGAUCGGAUCAGAACACCGACGUUAUCGACAGUUUGUCGCAUGCAGGAUUGGCGAAAUACUAUCAUCGACAACCACGAGCGAAUGGAGAUGGGUGCCGAGUAAACUCAAUGUCGCCGACGAAGCUACCAAGUGGGGCAGAGGACCCUGCUUCGACGUUCACAGCCGCUGGUACCAAGGACCUGAUUUUUUGUACCAAAAUGAACAGUCUUGGCCUCAGCCGGACCAGAGGAUCACUACCACCGAAGAGGAAAUACGACCGUGCUAUGUUCAUCAAAUACUCACGAUGCCGCUAUUACAAUUCGAACGGUUUUCCAAGUGGGAUCGUUUGUUACGGACAGUAGCAUACGUCGGACGUUUCGUGAGCACGUGCAGGAGACGCAUUGAAGGGCAUUAUACAGCCAAGAGACUGACACAACCAGAACUGCAGGACGCUGAAAUAUUGUUAUGGAGAAUGGUGCAAUUGGAAGCAUAUGCGGACGAGUUGGCCAUUAUCAGGAAGAACGAAGAGUUGUCCGUCGACGAACGAAUGUCACUGGAGAAAGACAGCAUUCUUUUCAAACUAACUCCGGUACUGGAUGAGCAUGGAAUACUCCGUGUGGACGGCCGCAUAGGUUCAUUACAAGUAGUACCAGUGGACAUGAAAUGGCCUAUCAUUCUACCCAGACACCAUCGUGUAACAUUCUUGAUUGUAGACGACUAUCACCGUAAGUAUCUUCACGCUAACUCUGAGACGAUCGUGAAUGAGCUGCGGCAGCGUUUUUACAUUCCACGGCUGCGUGUGAUUGUGAAAACUGGCAAAUCUUUGCCAGGUUUGCAAAAUUAAGAAAGCUAAACCUUACGCACCUAGAAUGGGACCGUUACCAAUAGCGCGACUUUCUCCUUUCGUCCGCCCAUUCAGUUACGUUGGGUUGGAUUAUUUUGGUCCAAUUACUGUUAAGAUAGGUAGGGUCAACGCAAAAAGGUGGAUUGCACUUUUCACGUGCCUUACGAUUCGGGCUGUGCACGUGGAAGUUGUCUCGAUCUUUCCACCCAUAGCUGCAUAGCGUGCAUUAGGAGAUUCAUCGCUCGGAGGGGAGCUCCAAUCGAGAUUUACUCCGACAACGGGCGGAUUUUUGUAGGAGCUCAACGUAUUUUGAAGGACCAGGUUGCUCGCAUCUAUGAGGACGUCGCUAUCACAUUCACCAACACUCAUACCAAAUGGGUGUUCAUUCCACCUCAUGCUCCCCACAUGGGGGGUUCAUGGGAACGCUUAGUUCGAUCAAUCAAAGUUGCCAUGAAAAGCCUUCCGCAAGAACGUAAACUGGACGACGACGCGUUACAUACUACGGCGGUGGAAGCGGAGGCCAUCGUCAACACACGGCCGUUAACCUAUCUGCCUCUAGAUUCAGCAGAGCAGGAAGCCCUUAGCCCCAACCAUUUCUUGCUGGGGUCUUCUAACGGGGUAAAACAACCAACGACCAGGAUGGAAGAUACUCCAAGAACAAACCGUCACAUGUGGAAUUUGAUUCAGCGCAACCUUGACCAUUUUUGGCGCCGCUGGAUCAGGGAAUAUUUACCCACGUUGACGAAAAGAACCAAAUGGUUUGGCGAAUCAAAGCCACUCCAAACCGGAGAUUUGGUCGUGGUGAUCGACGAGACGAAACGGAAUGGAUGGAUACGAGGGAAAGUGCUGGAGAUCAACCCAGGACGCGACGGAAGGAUAAGGCAGGCAGUAGUUCAAACCUCAGACGGAGUGUUUCGGAGGCCUGCGGCCAAGUUGGCCAUUUUGGAAGUGCAGUCGGAUGCUAAAGCUGUGUCUGGUACCCACCUUUACGGGGAGGGGAAUGUUAGCACUGGCAGCCCUUCCGUGACCACUGUUGACGUCUUCGGUGACGGACAGCGACCUUCACCAUGACACGUCUGAGCAAACGUCAGAACUAAAGCAGAGUGAAAACAGAUAUGCUACAUGUGAAACUACAAACCAAUUUAUUUUCCUAAAUUUCUAGACCAACAUUUGAAAAGGGCGUAACAGCCAUUUCGAAUUUCUGCUUCUCCCGUCCCUCCUAGGCUUACCCCCCAUUAUUCAUGAAAUCUUUUACCAGUAACAGAUAGAUCUGACUCUCCUCUAUCUGUUAACGGGAAAAGUUUGCAUAAAAAUAUUGAAAUACGCCCAGGAGGGACGGAACAAGUGAGAAUUUGCAAUGGUUGUUCCGCCCUUUUCAAAUGUUAGUCUAGAUUUCUUAUAUUUUCUACUAUUCUAUUGAAUCUGUUUAUUUGAGUGCCUAAAUUUGAUUGAGGUGAGAAUUGUGGUUAGCUAUUAGGAGAUAGUCUAAUAAACAUAGUUAAUUAUCAUCCCAACAGCAAGCAAAGUGCAGCUUCUAACCUCUGUUGUUCGAGGAAUAAAAAAAACUAAUGAGUCACUGAAUGUGUAAGCCCCUUUUGUAGUACAAACCUCAAUGAAUCUAUAAACUAAAUAUAUACUCUAAUUGCAGCUUAAGAGCCAGUUCGCGAGAGCCGCAACCCCUUCUUGAAUCGAUGUGCUCCGAUUGAGCUGAAAUUUUCAGGGUAUGGUUUUCCAUAUAAAAGACGAUAUCUGGCCGAUUUUCAGAUUUUUCCGUUAGGGGGAAGUGGGGUAAAAUAACCCUCAAAGAUUUCAUGUCUAAAAAUAGGUAAAAUCACUAAAAUCGCAAUAACUUCCGCAAAAGUUAACGGAAUCAGCUGAAAUUUUGCAUGGACACUCUACUCCUAUGGCACUUCCAUUUGAGCCAAGCGUUGGAUAUUCUUUGAUAUUUUAUUUGAAGAAAUAGGUUAUUUUCAUAAUUUUUUUGACGAUUUUCAGGGCGCCUGUUUUCGUACCAACAGAACUAGGAUGAAAAACUGAGUACUACGUUUUGAAGGACUACCCAAGAGCUUUCAUUUGAUAUGUGACCCAGAUGCGCCAACUUAAAAACUUUCGAAAAAAAAAUUUUUUUCUCGGGGUAUGCGUUUUACCCCAUAUUUUUAGCUGUCUAAAGAAGUGUUGUCGCAAAUUAUGACAACGUUAUUUAUCGUCAAGGGUUUUUCUUCAAUAUUAAUUCAACAGAAAAAUGAUGACUAAGAAAUGCAAUUAUUAGAUUUUUUUCAUUUGGGGAAAGUAGGGUAAAACGGACUAACUCAACCUCCUUUCGAGAUAACGUUGCUACGAUGUUCUCUGAUCAGAAUCAAAUUUUCAGAGUUCUUUAUUCUACUCAAGAAUAGAUGCUUUAUCAUAUAUUAUUUUUUUUUCUUGAGAAGAUAACGGGGUAAAACAAUUCUCAGAAAAAAAAUUUGAAAAUAAUCAAAAUUUCAAAAUUUACAAAUGCUUUGGUAAAACUUGGCGAAAUUUCAUGAAAUUAGAAGAAAUUUCUUAAUUUUUUAUUGCUUAUCCAAAGGAGCAAGUCUGACAACAUUUUGACGUCGAGAAAUGUCACAGAUUAGCACGUGGUGUGCGAUUCACCGGAUUCUUUCUCGAUUUUUCUUUCAACAUGCAUCUCCGGUUCAAUUUUCUCUCUUUUUUUCUCGUGAAAGUUGCUGCAGUACACACGAAAAAGAUUCACGAGGAAAGAUGCAUUUAGCGCCUUCAAAUGAUUUUUUGGACAAAUAUGGUCUUCUACAAAGCUGUUCCCAAAAAUAAGGCCCUCUUUUCAAUGUACAUAAAAAUUAGGGUGGUCCAUAUUUUCAAAGAAAUUGGGAAUCAAACUUUUUUAUCUGCUAGAAUAACUGUAUACAUUCUUCGAGAAAGUUGAAGAUCUAUCAAUUUUGAGCAAGUUUCUUGAAGACACAUUUUAUGUAGCUUUGAAAUUGACCGAUCUAGAGAUGUUUUUCUGAAUAAGCUUAGGGUGGUUCAAGAAAAACCUGUUUUCUGGCGUUAACUUUUUCAGUUUCGAUUUUUCAUCAAAAUCGCCCAAGAACACUUGUAGAGCAUAGUUUUUUGAAAAGGAGUUAUGACGGAUUCGUAACGUCCUGACGACCGAAGGUAGCAACACAGUUUAUGGCCAACAUAGUCCGAUUAGUGCCGUAACAACUGCAUUCAAUGAAUUAUUCGAUUUGUUCGAAUUCAACCUGUCUGCUCAGGCAUUCCAGCGAAAGGUUCACCAGCGGAGGCAUCGUGAGCUGUGAUAGCAUUAUUCGACAUUGGAUGCAGCGAAUUUGAAUACAGGCGAGAAUCUGUCCAAAUAUGUUAACGUAAAAAGCUUAUCUACAUACAUGUUUUUGCCUUUCUCGUACACUAAAUGUACUGGAAAGGCUAUAUGUUCACUCCAAAAAUGACUUUUUGAUAGAAGGCCCGGAGGGUCGAGUCACAUAUACCAAUCAACUCAGCUCGACGAAUUGAGGUGAUGUCUGUGUGUGUGUAUGUAUGUGUGUGUGUGUAUGUAUGUGUGUAUGUGUGUGUACAAAAAAACUCACAUCACUUUUUGGCAGUAAACCUCAACCGAUUUUAAUGACCAAUGGUUCAUUCGAUGCGGAAUCUGGUCCCAUUGUUUCCUAUUGAAAAUGGUUCGAAUCGGUCCAGCCGUUCCGGAGUUAUGGCCAUCUAGGUGUUCCGGAUCGGUACCCCAGGAAGGGGCCAGAUAUGAAAACGAUACAAACCCAUUCAUGCGACACAUCAAACCGCGGCACUUUCGAAAACAUGAUGAAUGGUAAACAGGAAAAUAGUCUCGGACCAUAUCUGAACCGGUAGUGUUCCGGAACCGGUUCCGGGUGACCCGCCGGAAGUGGCCAAAUAUGAAAGUGAACCAAACCCAUACAUGCGACACAUCAAACAGCGGAUUUUUCGAUAACCUGAUAAACAGUAGGCAGGAAAAUAUUCUCAGACCAUAUUUGAACCGGUAGUAUUCUGGAACCGGUUCUGGGUGUUCCGCCGGAAGUGGCUAAAUAUGAAAGUGAACCAAACCCAUGCUUGCGAUACAUGAAACAGCGGCUUUUUCGAUAGCCUGAUGAACAGUAGGUAGGAAAAUAUUCUCGGACCAUAUAUGAACCGGUAGUGUUCCGGAACCGGUUCCGGGUGACCUGCCGGAAGUGGCCAAAUAUGAAAGUGAACCAAACCCAUACAUGCGACACAUCAAACAGCGGAUUUUUCGAUAACCUUAUAAACAGUAGGUAGGAAAACAUUCUCAGACAAUAUCUGAACCGGUAGUAUGCCGGAACCGGUUCUGGGUGUUACGCCGGAAGUGGCCAAAUAUGAAAGUAAACCAAACCCAUGCAUGCGAUACAUCAAACAGCGGCUUUUUCGAUAGCCUGAUGAACAGUAGGCAGGAAAACAUUCUCAGACCAUAUCGGAACCGGUAGUGUUGCAGAACCGGUUCCAGAUGUCACGCCGGAAGUACCCAAGUACAAAAGUUAACCAAAACCUUACAUGCGACGCAUCAAAUCGCAAGCUCUUCAGGCAACCUGAUAAACGGUUAAUAAAAGAAAAUAGUUUCAGAUCAAAUUUGGAACAACCGAUAGAAUUCCGGAACCGGUUCCGGGUGUCCCGCAGGAAGUGGUCAAAUGUAGUAGAGAUCAAAACCCAUGCCUGCGGCACAUUAAACAGCGACUUUUUGAAUAACGUGAUGGUCGAUUAGCCAGAAAAUAGGCUCAGACCACAACGAAGAUCUUUAUAAAGGCUACCGAUAGUGUUCCGGGACCGAUCCAGGGUGUCCAGCCGGAAGCAUGCGACACAUCCAACCGCGGUCUUUUUUUAAACCAUGAGGAACGAUUAGCAAAAAAAUAGGCUCAGACCACAUUAGAGGCUACCGAUAGUGAUGCAAAACCAGCAUUGGGUGCUUCGUAGGGUGCUUCGCAAGAACUACAAAAAUGAACAAAGUCAAUGCAAGCGAUAAAUAUGUGUAAGAGAACAAAAUCUUGACUGAACUAAGGCCACAUACAUACAGACGUCUUACUCUACUCACUCUCCAUUGGAGAGUGAGUAGCAGUACUGCAAUUUUUCGACAGGCCUUUAUGAUAGCGAUAUUUUGCUUUUUUCAUUUUCUUCGUUUUGUUUUUCCUGUCAAUGUUGCUUUCCGAUCAGCAACACGGGAGCGAAAUGAAAUAGGUACUCACACUCACAUGCAGCGUGCUGAAAGCGAGAGCUGACCGGGCUAAAUUUCCAUUCAAUUUUCUGUAUUUGAGUGUUUUCACCCGUGGUAUUGUAUAGGGCACUCACUCUCAGAAGCCACCGCUUGAGACGAAUGGCCUGUCAACAUGAGUAGUGUGUGAAUGAUUGGGAAUUGACCUUGUUGGGUUGCUCAUGAAUGGAGCUCUCGGACUCUGUCAGUUCUCACAUCGAGGAACUGAAAAUGACCGCCGCAGUCAUUCAUUUUCGGCUGAAAAACAGGCACUGACACUGAUAUUUUGCAGGACUGCUCUCCAUCGUCCUUGUUUUCAACGGUUGAAUCAAAUAUUAAUCGUUUUUGCUCGUUUGACGUCUACUCACUACCAACAUCAAGCCAGCAGCGGCUUGUGAAACGCAACCUGAUUAGCAUUUGGCGAUUAUUUUUUUGUAACGAUGAAUAUAAUAGCAAUAUGUUACAAUUGAUAUGUCUUUUUUUCUGUACUAAAGCAAUCUCAUCAAAUCACUGAGGUGUAAAAAUAUACAGUAGGAUAGGUCAACGUUAUAUGAGAAAAUGAAAAUUAUCGCAUCAAAGCUUUUUCAAUCCUCUUUUGCGUCUAAAACUACUGGGAAUUUUUUUAUGGGAUUUAGAUGGGCAAUUUCACUUGCUUGCAUUUUUGGUCAAAUUUUACAUGAAUUUUGAAACCUAUGAUAAUGAAAUAUAGCCUAAAGUGUGAAGAAAAAACUAUGUCGAAGACCGUAAAGUCAUCUGUGAUUGUGAAAGACGUUAUAUCCUAGCUUGUAAUAAUCGUCUUGAUGUUGAUCGGUCUUCAGUGAUAGUGAAGGUGCUCAGGCAGUCAACUGAAAACUCUGAUAUUUUUCAGCUCUGUCUAUACGUUUAACGUAACGUCGGAAUAUGUUCAAUUAUUAAGUUUCCCAAUUUUAUUAAAAUUAUUGCUUUUCUAAAUAAGGUAUUCUCAGGAUUCAGGAACAGUUCGCAUUACGUCGACGGAAAUAUCAUGCUUCGGAAUGAUGGCCCAUGCACAUAAACUAGCUAAACAAAGCAAUAGUCGAAGAUUCCAAAAACAGGGACCGAAUUCUAGACCGUCCGAUAGGUAGGAGAUUGUCCGCAUCACGACGGUUUUAAACCGAACGGACUCAAUAAAUACCAAAACUUCCGUGUGACAUUUUUAAGUUAAUCGAGGCCAUCUUGACUAGGAAACCUUGACCGAUUAAACCCUUGAAAAGUCCCCAUACCGACCGGAACGUCGGAAAAAAUCAUUAACUAAUGUUUUCGAUUCCCCCAAAAGGCUGAAGCCAACAUUGUGAAGCAAAAUCAUCCCAGUCGUAUCCCAACCAAAGAAAGAUCAUGAGUUCAUGUUCGACGAGAAAGGCACUAUCACCACUAGGUGGAUUAAUCUGGAUUUUUUAGAAUUCUCCCAGAGUGCGAAAAUAGUUUUCCGACUUUUCCAACCGAUUUUCCCUAAUAGUGGGAAAUUUUGUGGAAAGCAUUUUUCAUUUUGUAUGUUUUUUUUUCAAUUGCAGAGACAAUUUGCUUAUAAUUUUACAAAAAAAAAACAUUGUGUCUACGAUGCUUCGUUCUUGAGUGAUGAUUUUUAAAAGUAGGUGGUGUCUGCGGAAAAUGUUGGUUUUCCACUGGAGUUUUCCGGAAAAUUAGGCGACCCUGAUUUUUUUCAAUUUUGUUUUUGUUCUUAUAUAUAAAAGCGAACGCGCAGAUACAAAAGACUUUACGACCGAAAGACCGAAGGGAGGAAUAAAGAGAAAACACUUGUUGUUCGUAGAAAAACGCACUUUGGAAUGAUUUAUUCAAUAACAGCUUUUGACAGUUACAGUGUUGCCGCCCUAUCGCGGAAAUAGUUCAUGGUAUGUCUCUCUUGUGUAGCACGGUGUGUCUGGUAGAAGAAAUUUAUUACAAAAAAAUAAGCAUCGCUAAUUUUUACGUUACGUAAAAGUUGACGCUACUAGCUUUCAUUCAAGCCCAACAUCGAAAUAUUCCAUCGGGGGAACUUUUCCAUACAAAAAUUGGGUAUGUUUGUUAAGUAGAAAUAGGGAUUAAUUUGGAACCGUUCAUUUUGUAUGGGGAAAAACAGUAUUCUGAAAAAGUUGUUCGAUAUCCCUCGGUGGAUUUUUUUGAGGGACCGUGCAAAUGAAAGCUGAAAGCCUCUAUUUUUGAAUAGCGAAAAAUUUGACGAUGCCUAUUUUUUUGUUAUAAACCUUUCCCAUACACACGCCGUGUGUAGUAUUGAUCGAUGGACAUAUGCGAGGGUGUGCGGUUGUAUUCUAACAAUAUAUGUAUAUAAACCCUACCUGUGAAAUAAAAUACAUUGAAUUUUGAGAAUCUUGGUACCAAUUUGUACGAUAACUUAUUUAUUUAUUUAUUUAUUUGUUAUUAUUCCAUCUGACUUAAGCCUUAAUGAAUGUUACUUAUACUAAUUAAAACAUUAAUUGGAAGCAUUGAAUGUUUGACGUGGCGUCUGAAUAACGUAGAAGACAUUCCAAAAUCGAAUAAUAGGCCACGUUAUUGAAGGAGCUUAUGAUAGAGGACAUUGGUUUGUUAUAGCCAUACACUGAACGAUGAAAUCGUGUUGCCAGCAUCCGUUCCAGACUUCUUCGUUGAAUCCUGUUGGGAGCAUUCAAAGAUAGCCUUGCGAGAAGAUCUGGACACUCUAUUUCACCAUUUAAUAUCUUCGCAGCGGUAACAGCCUGUUGAAUAAUCCGGCGUUGCUCAAGUGUUUCAAUACCAAGCAAGCAACACCGGUCAACGUAUGGUGGCAGAUUUGUACGGUCCCUCCAAGGAAGUCGUCGUAGGGCAUAGCGCACAAAUUGUUUUUGGAUGCGUUCCAACCUGUCCACCCAGUUUGCUUGAUAUAUACACCGAACUACGGAUGAGGUUUCCAAAAUCGACCGAACAAGCGAGGUGUAAAGUGUUUUCAAGCACCGGAUAUCAUCGAAAUCUUUGGCUGUUCGCAUAAUAAUUCCCAGCUGCCGAUUUGGACGAUCGAUAAUUCCCGAGAAGGAAAGUCUGCAGUACUCCAAAGUCUUUUACUUCGCUGACACGCUGAAAGGAUGUAUCGCCAAUUUUGUAAUCCAUUCGAACAGGGUCUGCGCAACGGUGGAAGGUUAUCACGAAGCAUUUAUUGAUGCCACAGAUAACAGACGCUCAUCCUAACAUACGAAAUGUGUGUAAACCAUUUCAGCAGUCGUUUCAAUAAGGAAACCAAACUAACAACCAUUUGGAGAUGGCGUAACGAUUACAUUCACAACACUUGAGUACAAAUGACAAACGCGAAUAAUCCCGGUUAGGUAGCAAUUACUGCAGCAAUUACUUGUAUGGUUGGAAGAAGUGAGCAACGCAUUUGGUUUUUACAGUUUUUACACAGGUUUUGAGUUAAAUUUAGUUCUAGGAUAAACAUCUGUUAUCUGUGUUGAUGCUGAGCGUCAUUCGGUUGACUUCACACCAACGGCAAAGGCGGUUAGGAGUUGUUGCAAUCGUUCGUGUUGAGAUCGUCUGCGUAUAUCAAGCUGCAUCCAAUGUUCAGUAGAGCAGCGACAUCGUUGAAGUAAAGUGCGAAGAGAAGCAGCCCAAUAUUACUCCCUUGCGGUACGCCGGAGAAAUUAGUGAACCAGGUAGAAGUAUACGACCCGAUCCUGACGCAAAUCUUCCUGUCGCAAAGGUAUGACUCCAACCACUUUACCAUGUCGUCCGACGUACCAAGCCAACUUGCUUAACAAGAUACGAUCAUCGAAUUUGUCGAACGCUGCCUUCAAAUCGGUGUAGAUGGCAUCAACUUGUUUCCCAUCUUCUAACUGAUUGAUGCAGGUGGAGGUGAAGCAAAGAAGAUUGGUCGUUACUGACCUGCCAGGGUAGAAUCCAUGCUGGGCAGUGGAAAUCAUCGUCUUUGUUCGAGCAAAAAGGUAGUUGUUAAUUAUCGUCUCGAAUAGCUAGGAGCACAAUGAUGUAAUACCCCUGUAGUUCCGAACAUCGCUUUUGUUACCAUUUAUGUAGAUAGGGAACAUGAAGGAUUUUUUCCAUAGCACCGGAAACUGCUUUUUUUGCAGCGACAGAUUAAAACAAAAAAAAAGACACGUACAACGUCUUCAGCUUUCGGCUGUACAGACUGUUUUGAACUUAACAUUAGACAACGGACAACGGAGCAUGCACCAGUGGAAACGGGGAAGAAACUAUUCUCACGAAAAGUUUUAACGCCCGCAGCGGGAAUCGAACCCUCACCCCAUAGCAGGGUGCGAUUAUAAGCUUGGUGACCCUAACCGCACGGCUACAAGGCGAAACUGGAAGCAUUUUCUCAUUUUUUCGGCUUUUGAUUUUUUAUUAAAUAACGAAGCAAUAUUUUCAAAAUCGAUUUUCGUACACAUGUAGAGUAUGGAUCAAGGUAUCUUCUGAUUUUUUUUUUUUUGAGGUGGAAAAUGCUUUCCAUUUUUGCAGAAACCAUUUUUUUGUGAAAUUUUGUUCAAAAAUGGUUUCUGCAAAAAUGAAAAACAUUUUCCACUUCAAAAAAAAAUCAGAAGAUACCUUGAUCCAUACUCUACAUGUGUACGAAAACCGUUUUUGAAAAUAUUGCUUCGUUAUUUAAUAAAAAAUCAAAAACCAAAAAGUGAGGAAAUGCUUCCAGUUUGUAGCACAGCGGAGUUGCGAGUGAGCCAAUGCACUUCUUGAAGACGAUGGCAGGAAUCCCAUCUAGGCCAGGCGUAGUAGACGGUUUCAUCUUCUUCACAGCAUCCCGUAGCUCACCUUCAGUCACUAGUGAUAUACCAAUAUCGAAGAGAUUUUCAGGCACAGCGGAGGUUGCAUGCAUAGCAUCAUCACUGUUCGCACACUCGGUAUUGAAAACGCUGGAAAAAUGCUUUGCGAAGAGUUCGCAUUUUUCAGAGGCAGUGGAUGCCAUUUCACCAGCUAAAGAAACCAUGGCAGGAACACCAUCAUUCUGCUUGCGCUUGGAGUUGAUGAAAUUUCAGAAACGUUUAGGAUGUCGACGGAGACUUCUCUGCGUUUUAUCGACAUAUGCUUGUUCAGCGACUUAUACGCAUCACUUGCAGCUUGAAACCGGCGUUUAUGAAGUGGAAUGCGAAGGCGGCGAUAGUGACGUUGGCAUGCGUUUUUCUCGCGCUUCAGCGAACGAAGUCGGCCGUUGCCCCAGGGCGGCUUUGCGGGUGGGCGCGUUUUCGGAACAUUCGAGGAGAGCCAAUUCGUGACAAUUUCUGACAACGUAUGCACAGCGCGGUCCACAUCAGUACAUGCUAGGAUUUCGGUCCAGUCUACCUGCUCCAGGAAGCUAUGUAGCGAGGCGAAGUCGAUGCGUUUGAAAUCUAACGCGGGACAGUCUUCGUGGUCGUAUAAAGGCUCAUAGUCGGUAAUGAUGAGCGCAAUUUCCAAUGGAGGGUGAGGGCGAUCGAUAUUCACCAGAGAGACAGCAGCUUCAGUGACGAUGCAGAAGCCGACGUUGGCGAACACCAAAUCCAGGGUAUUGGUCCAGGGAUUCAUCACGCGGCUAUACUGCUUUAGAUUCAUCGAUGCCAUGUUGUCUAAUAGGUAGGCACUGGCUGACCCCACGCUGACGUCUUUACAAAAAUCCGCAAUGACAUGAUUUUGCUCAGUCAGUUGCCACACAAGAUUAGCUUGGUUGAAAUCACCACAAACUAUUAUCCCAUCACCGUCACUGGCACGUUCGAGGCUAUCACUAAUAGCAUUGGCAAAACAAAAUAAUAAAAAAAUAAUAAAAAACCUAAUACAAAGUACAUCUCUUCCACUAAAGGGUUGAAGAUAGGAAAACCCCGUACAAAGGGGGAAGAGUGGGUUGGUAAAAAAAAUGAAUUUAACACUGUUAUGGUAAAUUAAACGGAACAGUAUUAAAUUCGAUUUUCUUUAUCUUGCAGGUUUUCCACUAUAGUGCUAUAACACGCCCCAUGUUUAUCAUCAAGGAUGGGUUAGAAGUUCACUAUUUGUACGUAGUGUACUUAAUAGGUGCUUCCAAGUCACCAAAUUGAAUUUUAUUAUAUAGGCGACGACUAAGCUUUUAACCGGUAGUGUUCCAGCAAAGAUAAGACCAUACAGUAUUGAUAACAACCAAACGAUAGAUAAAAAUGAUUAUAUGAAAUUGAAGCUCUGGGAAUCUUUUCAUUCAGUCAGUAUUAUCAGCCAAGUGGAUUGUUCAACACGUAGCUACAAGAGAAGCAAAAAUGUUGAACACAUUUUCAGUGCUUUCUCCACAUUUAAAAUUUAAAAAUAAAUUCGUAUCCAUUGACAAUGUAGCUUUCAAAUUCCAUUAUCGAGCUACAUUUACCAUACUGCUUGUAUGUACACUUCUCGUAACGUCCAGACAAUACAUAGGGGAACAUAUACGGUGUAUUACCGGAGGAUCCAUUCCUGAACACGUCAUCAAUACAUUUUGUUUUUUCACAACAACAUUUACGGUAGUGAGGCACUUCAAUGAAUCAGUGCUACAGGAUGGAAACAUACCUCACCCAGGAGUGGGCCACACAUAUUUGGACGAUCCUGUGAAGUAUCAUGCUUAUUACCAAUGGGUACCGUUUGUGUUGUUUCUUCAAGCCAUCAUGUUUUAUGGACCGCAUUAUGUAUGGCGUAAUAUGGAAGGGAUUUUCUUCGAGCUCAUGAGUGCAAAAUCUAACGGGCUUACUUGAGGGCCAGCUGGCAUAUGGUUCCACCGUAGGAAGGUCACACAGGGCGUCGACGCACUCGUUGUUCGGUCCUGGUUCCAAUCGUCGUGUCUAGCGUGGCCGCACAGCGGAUUCGACGGGACUAUAUAGGCCCCGGAAUCGGAAUGGGUGUGGAUAGGCUGCUUGCCACCUAGCGACGACCGAGUGUCCUGACGGUACGGACUCGGAUUCCUGCCCAAACACCCACGUUGAAUGGGAUUUGGCACCUGUUCAACGUAACUAUUGUAAUGCCCAAGCACUCGCACAUUUUCAAAUAAAAAAAUAGCUUACCGUAUA